AUGAAGAAGCACUUUGCCGUGCCUGCGAUUUGUAUCCGUGUACGGCUGCAACAGCCUGUGGACAUUAGACAUUUAAAAGACCUGCCAAUAUGGAAGCCAGAUUUUCCUUUUCUUGUAUGUGACGCACUAAGGUUUAUCCUUGUGUGCAGAAUCGAAAGUGGUGUUUUUGAGGAGGAAACAGACUUGCCCGAGUUGAAUUCGCAGAAUCAUGCCCAACAUCAAAAUAACCAGGUGAGCCAAAAGGAGAAGCCGAUUCGUCUAGACAAUCAUCUUCAGGAAUCUGAGCACUCUGUAAAUCCAUUGGAAGAGGAUUUUCUCAGCUCCUUCAGGAAUCUCACUCAGGAAGAGCAACAGUCAUCAAGAGGCUUGAUCUUAUGA